GAAACAGCACAAAUAUUUUCCAAACAGAUCUACAUCCAGAGUCCAGAUGAACUUAAAGAAUCUUCACAGAGUCUUGGUUCUUCAACCUCCACGUAUACAAAACCAUUAUCAUCGCAACUCCAUUGCUCGGUAUUUCUCUUGUUUUGUGAAAACUGAGUAAAACUCUGAUGAUGAAGAAGCAAAGAACUUAACUACUUAAUUAAUAGCACCUAAAGCCAACUGAAAAGUGAGCUUAGCCAUGGAAAGAAAUUCAAGUUUAUGGAAGAACCUCGUAGUAGAACACCCAGUCUGCACAGCCUGGAACCAAGAGGCAGAAGGGGCAAUUUAUCAUCUUGCCAGUAUUUUAUUUGUUGUAGGCUUCAUGGGUGGAAGUGGAUUCUUUGGGCUCCUCUACGUUUUCAGUUUGCUGGGCUUGGGUUUUCUCUGCUUUGCUGUCUGGGCUUGGGUAGAUGUCUGUGCAGCUGAUAUAUUUUCCUGGAAUUUUAUACUCUUUGUCAUCUGCUUCAUGCAGUUUGUUCAUAUUGCCUAUCAAGUCCGCAGCAUAACCUUUGCCCGAGAAUUCCAGGUGCUGUACAACUCCCUUUUCCAGCCCCUGGGGAUCACUUUACCUGUCUUCAGAACCAUUGCUCUGAGCUCAGAGGUAGUAACGUUGGAAAAGGAGCACUGCUAUGCCAUGCAGGGGAAGACGUCCAUUGAUAAACUCUCCCUGCUUGUUUCAGGAAGGAUCAGAGUGACAGUUGAUGGUGAAUUUCUGCAUUACAUUUUCCCCUUUCAAUUCUUGGAUUCUCCUGAGUGGGACUCACUGAGACCCACAGAGGAAGGCAUUUUUCAGGUGACCUUAACAGCAGAGACUGAUUGCCGAUAUGUUUCUUGGAGGAGAAAGAAAUUAUAUUUACUCUUUGCACAGCAUCGUUAUAUCUCACGCCUGUUUUCAGUUUUAAUUGGUAGUGACAUUGCAGAUAAACUCUAUGCCUUGAAUGACAGGGUAUAUAUAGGAAAAAGAUAUCACUACGAUAUCCGGUUACCUAACUUCUAUCAAAUGUCAAGCCCAGAGACGUCCAGGUCACCUCUGACAAAACAUUAUCGGAAUUGCACACAACAUGGUGAUAACUGACAUCGAAGCCUGAAGUUUGGUAAUUAUAAAAGAAACUCUCUUUAUCAUUCCCCAAUGAAGUAGGAAGAUAGAGACAAUUUCCCUCUCUAAUAUUUUUAUAAAUCAAACUCAGAGGCAAAAUGUCACUGCCAGCUGUUCUAUUCAUCUCAACUUCUGCAUUGUGAAUAAAUUUACAAAAUAUUCU